UUUGUAUGCACGUUUUAGUCCAACUUGUAGUAACAAAUGAUUCAUGGUUUGGUGUUUGAUACAAAAAAAAGAAGUUCAAUUAAUAAGUGAUACGGAACGAUACACGCCAAACAUUUUGUUUUACGUUGAUUAUAGCCACACAAUAUUGGAUUAUACACCAUUCGGAUAUUGUUGAGUACUAUUCAAGAAAAACAUGUGUCAAUGUUAUGGGAUUAGAAUGAAAAAUCGAAUAGUUUAACAAUAAGUUUAUGGUGCAUUAACUUCGUGGAAAAGAAAAACACCAUAAAAUAACCAAAUUGUUUUCUAUACUCUGUUUGUUACACAACAAAUCCGAAAUUCACACAACCCGCCCACCGGAGAACAACAUUUAAAUGCAAAUUAGUUAUACUUCUCGUUUACUACAACAUUUACCCGGCAUUUCGUAUUAUAUUCUUAGAUGUGUAAAAUCGAUGUUAUGUAUAUAAUUUCAUUGUAAUACGACUGGUAAUACUAGGAAAGCUACAUUAGAAAAUAUCCACCAAAACGAAGUACUAUUUGAAAGAUUUACACAACUGAAAAAUAGUAUCCUAUAAACAUGGAUAUAUAACCAAACUCAAGUAAACGAAAAAUGUAAAAGAAAAGUGGUUUUUGUGCGCUACCAAGAACAAAUAUAAUAGAAAAAAAAGCUUUCGGUUUCAAAAAGGAAAUUGGUGCUGUUUGUUAAAAAAAAGAAUAAGAAAAAGAAAAAUAAAAUAAAAAUAGAACCCAAAAAAGGAGUACCAGUGUUCUGUUUUGCUGCUACAAUGUGAAGUGAAUAAUAAAUACAGUGUUGAUACUAAAUCAAUCCACAAAAAUCCUUACUACUUAUCCUAACCCUCUUCAUAGCAUAUAUAUAUAUAAAUGCAAUAUAUACAUCGCCAAACAACAACAACAACAACCAUAACGAAAUAAUUCGUUUUCGUAUUUGUAUAUAUAAUUUAUGGUUCAUCAGAAUAAAUUUAUUUAAAAAUAUAAAAAAAGAAAGAAAAAAAUAGAAAAGAAAAUUACACCGCAAAGAAAGUAUUAACAGAAAAGGAUAUUUUCCUCACAUAACAAAUGUCAUGUACGACAACAGGUAAUCCCGAAUUUUAUUUUUUCGUUUUCUUUUCCAUUUAUCCGAUACAGCUGUGGUGAGUCAAAAAACUGCAGCUAGUCUUGGAACGGAAAUUACAGUGGAGAAUGGGGCUGCAAGCGGCCGUAUCUGCCGCCCUAUUUGCAGCCGUUUUUAUUUUUGUUUGGAUACCACAAUACGUCAAUGCAGCCAAUGGAAAUUUUACGGAUUUUCAGUUUAUACAAUAUUUAACACACCCAACGGAAAUCAUUAAGCGGCCGACAAAUCAAGGUGUACGAGUUGGUGGCGUUGCAAGCUUUUUCUGUGCAGCCAGAGGUGAUCCUACCCCUACAAUAGUGUGGCGAAAAAAUGGCAAAAAAGUACCUGGGACACAAAGUCGAUAUUCGGUCACCGAAGUCAACGGAAUGUCAAUACUACGGAUCGAGCCAGUCAGGGCAGGCAGAGAUGAUGCACCGUACGAGUGUGUAGCAGAGAAUGGAGUUGCGGAUGCAGUUUCGGCAGAAGCAACACUGUCGGUGUAUGAAACUGACAAAACACCAGUAGGUUUUCCUGUAAUCACCCAAAGUCCCAAUACCAGAGUAAUUGAAAUUGGCCAUUCAGCAAUAAUGCAAUGUCGUGCUACAGGAACACCAGCUGUAAAAAUUUAUUGGCUAAAGGAUAUGAAACGAGUGGACAUGAGCAAUCCACGGUACACACUCAAUAAUGGGAGCCUUCAAAUAAGUAACAGCAUUAGCGAGGACCAAGGAAAGUACGAAUGCGUGGCCGAAAACUCAAUUGGAACGGAACAUUCAAAGCCAACGUCGCUAUACGUAAAAGUACGCCGUGUACCACCUCAAUUUUCUCGACCGCCCGAGCAGCUGAACGAAGUCGUUUUGGGUGCAAAUCUUAGCUUAACCUGCAUCGCUGUCGGUUCACCAAUGCCGUUUGUGAAGUGGAAAAAAGGCAACGUCGAUAUAACGCCAGAAGAUGAAAUACCAGUUGGCCGUAACAUUUUGGAAUUAACGAACAUUUUAAACAGCGCAAAUUAUACUUGCAUUGCCGCCUCAACAUUGGGUCAAAUAGAGGCAUCGGCUGUUGUAAAAGUUCAAUCUUUGCCGACCGCACCAACCGACGUGAUUGUGUCUGAAGUAACCGCUACAUCCGUACGUCUUGAAUGGUCGUACAAAGGGCCGGAGGAUUUGCAAUAUUAUGUAAUCCAGUACAAGCCCAAAAAUGCUAAUCAGGCUUUCAGUGAGAUUAGUGGGAUUAUAACCAUGUUUUAUGUGGUGCGUGCAUUGAGUCCGUACACUGAAUACGAAUUUAUGGUGAUUGCGGUGAACAAUAUUGGUCGAGGUCCUCAAUCGGCUCCGGCGACCUGUACAACAGGUGAAACAGACUAUUCGUUAUUUGGAGGUGCAAAAAUGGAAAGCGCACCAAGAAAUGUACAAGUACGUACAUUAAGUUCAUCAACCAUGGUUAUAACAUGGGAGCCACCUGAGACUCCAAAUGGACAAGUGACCGGCUACAAAGUCUUUUUUACGACAAAUCCCAAUCAACCAGAAGCGUCUUGGGACUCACAAAUGGUAGACAAUAGCGAAUUAACAACUAUAUCGGAAUUAACGCCACAUGCUAUAUACACGGUACGUGUUCAGGCAUUCACCUCUAUGGGAGCCGGUCCAAUGUCCAAUCCAGUCAAAGUAAAAACCCAGCAAGGAGUACCAUCACAACCGAGUAGUUUUCGGGCUACAGACAUUGGUGAAACGGCUGUUACAUUGCAAUGGUCGAAACCAACACAUUCCUUUGAAAAUAUAGUUCAUUACGAACUGUAUUGGAAUGAUACGUAUGCCAAUGAAGCCCAUCACAAACGUAUUGCGAACACUGAAUCAUAUACGUUGGGUGGAUUAUAUCCGGAUACUUUGUAUUAUAUUUGGCUAGCGGCUCGUUCACAGAAAGGUGAAGGGGCUACAACUCCACCAAUUCCAGUCCGGACGAAACAGUAUGUACCCGGUGCACCGCCACGUAAUAUCACAGCCGAAGCAACUAGCCCAACAACAAUUGCAAUGUCGUGGCAACCACCGCCCAUCGAUCGGUCGAAUGGUCGGAUUGUUUAUUAUAAAGUAUUUCUGGUUGAAAAUGGUCGGUCCGAUAGUGAGGCAAGUGUAACAACACUGAAUGCCACUAGUAUCGUUUUGGAUGAACUGAAACGAUGGACUGAAUAUAAGAUAUGGGUAUUGGCUGGCACAAGUGUCGGAGAUGGGCCAAGGUCGUAUCCGAUGACUGUUCGUACGCACGAAGACGACGUUAAGAUGCCUGGUGAUCCACAAGAUGUUAAAGCGAGUCCCGUCAAUUCAACGACAAUCAAUGUUGUCUGGAAACCACCACAAGAAAAGGAUCGAAAUGGCAUCAUUCGUGGAUAUCACAUUCACGUUCAGGAGACUCGGGAAGAGGGUCGCGGUUUCCUGAACGAUCCUAUGAAAUUCGACGUGGUGGACGGAUUGGAAUAUAAUGUAACGGGACUGCAACCGGACACACGCUAUUCAAUUCAAGUAGCAGCACUAACCCGAAAAGGUGAUGGAGAUCGUAGUCUUCCGAUAAUUGUUAAGACUCCCGGUGGUGUGCCCAUUCGUCCGACAGUUAACUUGAAAAUAAUGGAACGAGAUCCAACCGUUUCAAUUGAAUUGGAAUGGGAACGACCGGCUCAGACGUAUGGUGAACUGCGUGGGUAUCGUUUGCGAUGGGGCAUUAAAGAUCAUCCACUGAAUGAAGAAACGCUUCCCGCUCAUUCGACUGUGAAAAAAAUUAAGGACCUAGAACGUGGAGUCGAAUACGAAUUUCGUGUAGCGGGAAUGAAUCAUAUUGGUAUUGGACAAGAGACUGUGAAGUACUUACAUACACCGGAAGGGACUCCAACUGGACCUCCAUCUAACAUUACCGUUACCUUUCAAACACCGGACGUUGUAUGCGUCACCUGGGAUUCGCCUAAUCGAGAGCAUCGAAAUGGACAGAUCAUACGGUACGAUGUUCAGUUCCAUAAGAAGAUUGAUCACGGACUGGGCACAGAACGGAAUACUACGACCACUAAAGCAGUGUUCACCAAUUUGGAAGAAAGUACGGAGUAUGUGUUCAAAGUGAGGGCGUACACCAAGCAAGGGGCUGGUCCAUUUAGUGAAAAAAUCAUCAUCGAAACGGAACGCGAUAUGGGAAGAGCACCAACUGGUGUUAGAGCAGUUGCCACAUCAGAGCAAACUGUUGAAGCGUGGUGGGACGCUGUACCUGCAAGAGGUAGAUUAGUUGGCUAUAAAAUAUUUUACACAAUGACUGCUGUCGAGGAUUUGGACUUUUGGCAAACGAAAACCAUAGGCCUAACGGAACAGGCUGAGAUAAUUAAUUUGGAAAAAUUCGCCCAAUAUGCCAUAGCAAUUGCAGCACGGUAUAAGAAUGGACUGGGACGUUUGAGUGAGAAGGUGACCGUUAAGGUGAAACCAGAAGACGUUCCAUUAAAUUUACGAGCCCAUGAUGUCAGCACACAUUCGAUGACGUUGAGUUGGUCUCCGCCGAUUCGUUUGAAUCCGAAAGAAUAUAAAAUUUCGUACGAUGCCAUCAAAGAAUUUGUCGAUUCUCAAGGAAUAACACAGACGCAGAUAGUGCAACGAAAUAAAAUCAUCCUCAAACAUCACAUCAAGUCACAUACAAUCAACGAACUGUCCCCAUUCACUACAUACAAUGUAAAUGUGAGCGCAGUACCGUCUGACGAAUCGUAUCGACCACCAACUAAAAUUACGGUAACGACUCAAAUGGCAGCUCCACAGCCUAUGGUUAAACCAGAUUUUUAUGGAGUUGUUAACGGUGAAGAGAUUCAAGUUAUUCUUCCGCAAGCCUCAGAGGAAUAUGGUCCCAUAUCGCACUAUUACCUCAUCGUCGUCCCGGAAAAUAAAACCAAUUCCCAUCGGCUUCCUGAUCAAUUUCUUACCGAAGAUAUGCUUCCAAGCAAAUUCGAUUUUAACAAAAACAAAGAUGAACCAUCAAAUCAACCGUACAUUGCAGCUAAAUUUCCACAACGAAAUAUUCCGUACACGUUCCAUUUGGGUUCAGGUGAAGCAUACCACAAUUUCACCAAUCGAAAGUUGGAGCGGGGAAAACGCUAUCGCAUCUUCGUACGGGCUGUGGUGGAUACACCGCAAAAACAUCUUUACACAUCGAGUCCAUUCUCCGAAUUCUUAGCGUUAGACAUGCGAGAAGCACCAAGAGGUGAGCCACCACAACGACCAAAUCCGAAUGCUCCAAUCGAUCCGGAAGUAUCAGUAAAUCGAAACAGUGAUGAACCGGGGAUGCUUUGGGUUGUUGGUCCAAUUAUAGCUGCACUAUUCUUAUCCACCUGUUUGGUGAUCGUUUACUUUAUCAAAAGACGACGCAAGCCAGGUAAAACACCAGAUCAGGCUGCAGUCACAAGACCAUUGAUGGCUGCAGAUCUCGGCGCUGGACCUGCACCAACAGCAGAUCCAGUCGAUAUGCGACGAUUGAACUUCCAAACACCCGGGAUGAUAAGUCAUCCACCCAUAUCCAUAUCAGACUUCACCAAUCACAUUGAAAGACUGAAAUCAAACGACAAUCUAAAAUUUUCACAAGAAUACGAAAGUAUCGAACCGGGCCAACAGUUUAUGUGGGACCAUUCGAACAUGGAAUACAACAAACCGAAAAACCGAUAUGCCAAUGUGACGGCAUACGAUCACAGUCGAGUGAUUUUACACACGAUCGAUAGUAAGCCCGGAUCGGAUUAUAUAAAUGCAAACUACUGUGAUGGGUAUAGGAAGCACAAUGCUUACGUAGCUACUCAGGGACCUUUGCAGGAUACGUGCGCUGAUUUCUGGCGAAUGUGUUGGGAGCUGAGAACAAAUACGAUCAUCAUGAUGACGCGACUGGAAGAACGAGCCCGAAUCAAAUGCGAUCAAUAUUGGCCGACGCGAGGCUCGGAAACUUAUGAUCAAUUAACGGUGACAAUAACCGAAACUCAAGAGCUGGCAACGUAUUGCAUUCGAACGUUUCAAGUGGCAAAAACUGGAUACGCUGAACGGAGAGAAAUCAAACAACUUCAGUUUACAGCUUGGCCUGAUCACGGUGUACCUGACCAUCCUGCUCCAUUUUUACAAUUUCUGCGUCGGUGUCGGUCAUUGUCAACGCCAGAAUCGGGUCCGGUUGUUGUGCAUUGCUCUGCAGGCGUUGGACGAACUGGAUGUUACAUCGUAAUCGAUUCAAUGUUGGAACGAAUGAAGCACGAAAAAACCAUCGACAUUUACGGGCAUGUGACAUGUUUGCGCGCCCAACGAAACUAUAUGGUUCAAACGGAAGAUCAGUACAUUUUCAUUCAUGACGCCAUUCUGGAGGCUAUUAUUUGUGGAAACACAGAGGUUCCGGCAAGGAAUUUACACAAUCACAUACAGAAGCUAAUGCAAACCGAAACUGGUGAAAAUAUCACCGGCAUGGAAAUGGAAUUCAAAAAACUUGCGAACAUAAAGGCUGACUCAACUCGCUUCGUAACUGCCAAUUUGCCAUGUAACAAACAUAAGAAUCGACUUGUUCAUAUCUUGCCUUAUGAGUCAAGUAGAGUUUGCUUGACGCCGAUUCGAGGGGUUGAGGGUAGUGAUUAUAUUAACGCUAGUUUGAUAGAUGGUUAUCGCUAUAGGAAUGCCUAUAUUGCCGCUCAGGGGCCGCUACAGGAUUCAGCUGAAGAUUUUUGGAGAAUGCUGUGGGAGCAUAAUUCAACUAUUGUUGUUAUGUUAACUAAAUUGAAGGAAAUGGGAAGGGAAAAGUGCUUUCAGUAUUGGCCACAUGAGCGUAGCGUUAGAUAUCAAUGUUAUGUAGUUGAUCCAAUUGCUGAAUACAAUAUGCCGCAGUAUAAGCUAAGAGAAUUCAAGGUGACUGAUGCUCGGGAUGGGUCGUCCAGGACCGUUAGACAGUUCCAAUUUUGUGAUUGGCCGGAACAAGGUGUACCGAAAUCGGGCGAAGGUUUUAUUGAUUUCAUCGGUCAAGUGCACAAAACGAAAGAACAAUUUGGUCAGGAUGGACCAAUAACCGUACACUGCAGCGCAGGCGUUGGCAGAACAGGUGUGUUCAUUUCGUUGAGCAUCGUAUUGGAACGAAUGCAGUAUGAAGGAGUGUUAGAUGUAUUCCAAACGGUUCGAAUUCUUCGAUCACAACGUCCAGCUAUGGUGCAAACAGAGGACCAGUAUCAAUUCUGUUAUCGAGCAGCACUGGAGUAUCUGGGAUCAUUUGAUCAUUACGCAAAUUAGAUUUGUUUUCCGUACUGUCAACACUUUAAUUAUAUGCCGUGAAUUCCGCUAACCGUUCCGUUGAACUGUACUGUCUCGUUUUUGUUGGUGAUUGCCGAUCUUGCUGAGGGAUUUUUAUCGCUUACGCUGUGUGGGUCUGUAGCUAACUCCAUAUGCCGCAGCUAUAUUUAUUAAUUUUACGCAUAAUUUUAAGUU